AUGAAUAAAGAAACGAGUACUCCACCGACUAUUGUUGGACUUCCACAAGAGGUACCAGCGGACACUUUUUUCAGUCGUAUAAAUCGUAGACAUCUUAUUGGUGCUGCACUAAUACUACUUGGUCUACUCUCAACUGCACUUCUAAUUACUGUAAUUGUUCAAGCAAAACAUCGUAGACAAAAUAAUACUAACAAUGUUGUCAAUUCAUACUGUGUCAAUCGAGGAUGUCUUUCAGCAGCAACACAUCAGUUAAAUUUUAUGGACCCAACAGCAUUUGCUGAUCGUUGUACAGAUUUUUAUAAAUAUGCAUGUGGCGGUUGGCAACAAACACAUCCAAUUCAAUCAUUUGAUACUGAACGAACAAUACUUAAUGAUAUUAUUGCUCGACGUGAUGUUGAUAUUGAACGUCUUCUUGAUUCAUCUAUUUCUCGUGGAUCUCAAAAAAGCUGGGAACGUAAAGUUAAAACUUAUUAUACAGAAUGUGUAGAUGAUUAUGCACGUGUACUUGAUAGUGGUAAAGCUAUGAUAGACUUAAUCAGCGAUCGUGAUACAGUUGAUGGUUGGUUUCUUAUUGAUAAUAGUGUGCCGGGUGCUAGUCAAGAUACUUUAUUAAAACCUCAAACUAUUUUUACGCAAAUGUCACAUAUUCAUGGAGACCUUGGUACCAAUGCUGUAUUUGGUUUACGUGUAAGAUUUGAUGAUACAGAUCUAAAUAUUAAACGACUUGAAUUCUAUCCAUCUGGUUUAACAUUGGAAAUUACUGAUUAUCUCCAAAAUGAUCCAGUAUCACAAAACCAUCUUUCAGCUUAUCGAACAUUCAUUUCGGAAGUAUUAACUUUACUUACAAAAGAUGCUGGAAUAAAUGAUGGAAAUCUUUAUGAUCGUAUAUCAACUGUUCUGGAUGAUAUCCUCUUUGUUGAAAAAAUUUUAGCCGAAGCUCGUCAAAAAAGUUUAAAUAAUGGUGAUAAAACAACAUUAUUGACUUUAAAACAAAUGUCUGAUGCAUAUAUAUGUGAUUUUGUUGAAUUAAUGGGAUAUGAACUAGGUGAUCCAAGUGUUGUAUCCGGUAUAACAUUAGUUUACGUUACAAAUAAAAUAUAUUUUGACGAAGUAUUUGCAUUCUUAUCAAAAAAUAAUGAUCCAACAGUGGCUCGACGUAUUCAUAAUUAUAUGCGAUGGAGAAUUAUUCAAACAUAUAUUGAAGAUCUUUCAUAUAAUUACGUACAUGCAUAUAGAAUAUUUCUUAAUAAUUAUUACACUUACACAUUACAUUCAACAAAUGAAGCUUAUUGCACACGUGAAGUUAUACGAAGAUUUCCACUUGCUAUUCAUCGUUUAUAUACAAUGAAUUCAACAAAAAAUUCAAAUACAAUAGAAACUGUUCAAAAAAUUUUCGAUGCAUUAAAAACUGCAUUAAAGAAAUAUAUUAAUGAACAAGCAACAUGGAUGCCUGAUGAAACAACAAAAGCAAUCGCAAGACAAAAAAUAGAUGCACUUACAGCUGCUAUUGGUUAUGCUAGUAUUGCAUCGAAUGAUGAACGUCUUGAUGAUUAUUAUGAAAGAUUUGCUGUUGAAACUAAUUCUCAUCUUGAAAAUGCAUAUGGCUAUCAUCGAUUUCAUGCGUGGACUAUUUUAAAUUCAUUAUUAAAUCCUAAUCAACUUGAUCAUUGGGAUCUUUUUGAAACAAGAACAAGUCGACUUUUUGAUUAUAUUGCAAUGUUUAAUCGACUUUUUGUUAUUGCUAGUGCUAUGGAUGAACCACUUGUUAAUACUGAAUGGCCAUGGGCAGUAAAUAUGGGUUCAUUAGGCGUUCUUCUUGCUCAAAAACUCUUUGCUAGUAUCGAUGGACCAGAAGGUCGUGUACAUGCAGCUAAUGGAACACAAACAUCUGAUUGGUGGUCGACAUCAACAGAGAAUGCAUAUAAUACAAGCCGUCGAUGCAUAACUAAUUAUUAUGUACGUGAUGUACAAAAUAUUUCGUAUAAUGUAUAUGGUACACAAGUAUUAGUUAGACUUGCUGGUGAACCAUUUUCUCCAACAACUCUUCGACAUAUUGGUGCUCUUCGUUUUGCAUAUACAACAUUGAAAGAAAAUGAUCAAAUAAAAUCAUUAAAAAUGCCUGGUACAAACUUAACAAAUGAACAAACAUUUUUUCUUGCUUAUGCUCAAACACAAUGUUAUAAACGAGACGAGUUACUUCAACUUGUAGCAACACAAUUAGGUCGUUAUGAUGAAAGAACAGCAUUAAAUGCUGCACUUGUUCAUAUGACCGAAUUUUCUGAAACAUUUCAAUGUAAACCAAAAGAUAAUCAAUGUUUUUGA